AUGACGACGCCCAAGGACGACAGCCUCUGGGCACACUGGAAGAUGCUUGCCGCGUGCUUGCUCAUAACGAUGUGCCCCUUCCAGUAUGGACUAGACUUCGGCCUCAUCGGUGGUCUACAGGCCAUGCCAGGUUUCCUCGCGGUUUUCGGCCACAAAGACCCAACCGUGGCAAUCGGUUACAACAUCUCGACCGGACGCCAGCAGCUGAUAUCAUCGCUGAUGACACUGGGCGCCUUCAUCAGCUCCUCCACAGCCGGCCCCGUCGCCACCAUCAUGGGCCGCAAAAUGGCCAUCUGGGCCGCGUGCGCGACGUGCGUGGCGGCCAACGCCGUGAUGAUGGGCACGACGUCGAUCGGGGGGCUGUACGCGGGUCGCUUCAUCCUCGGGCUGGCCAACGGCGUCUUCAUGACCUUCUCGCAGCUGUACCUGCAGGAGAGCGCGCCGGCGCGGUACCGGGGCGUGGCGCUCGCCGCCUUCCAGUGGUGGACGUCCGUCGGCACGCUCGUCGGCACCGUCGUCGACAACGCCACCGCGACCCUGCCCGGCCGCGCCGCGUACAUGAUCCCGCUCGGCGUCGUCUACGUGCUGCCGUGCGUCAUGUUUGCGGGCUUGUUCUUCGUGCCCGAGAGCCCGCGCUGGCUGCUGCAGCGGGGGCGGAGGGAGGAGGCGCGCAAGGCGCUGCUGUGGCUGCGGCCGGAUAGGGAGAUGGCGGAUAGGGAGAUGGUCGAGAUUGAGGAGGCCAUUAGGAUCGAGGAGACGCUGGCGACCGGUACCGCGAUACAUGAUUUGUGGAGGAACCCGGUGGAUCGCCGGAGGACGGUGAUUGCCGUUUGUGCGAUUUCCACCCAGGCGGCGUCGGGCGCCAUGUAUAUGAUCGCGUACGGCACCUACUUCUUUGAGAUGGCGCACAUAGGGGAUGCGUUCCGCAACUCCUGCAUCUUGACCGGUGUGGGUGUUGUUGCCAUCGUUGGCAAUACUCUCGUCAUCUCAAAGUUUGGACGCAGGCGUGUCUUCUUGAUGGUCGGAAUGUUCCUGUGUGGCGCUACGCAGCUCAUCAUAGCUGUGGUUUACACUGUUCAGCCGGGAACUGUCCAGACGGGCAAGGUCAUCGUGGGACUCUCGGUCGUCUACAUCAUCGGGUACAACGGCAUGGUUGCCACCUAUGCUUGGCUCUCGGGCGGCGAGCUCCCCUCCCAGAGACUACGCUCUUACACAUUCGGCAUCGCCGCAUCUAUUGGCUUCCUCGGGGCUUGGCUGGCUACCUUCACCGCCCCGUACUUCAUCAAUCCCGACAGCCUCAACUGGGGGCCGAAGUACGGCUACAUCUGGGCGCCGUCGUGCUUCCUCACCGUUGUUUGGGUCUACUUCUUCUUGCCCGAAGUCAAGAACCGCACACUCGAGGAAAUUGACGAAAUGUUUGAGAUGCGCCUCCCAGCCCGCAAGUUCAGGAAGUAUGUCUGCACUGGCCGGGUCCACGAGCACCACGGCGGGAGCAAAACCUCGGUUGAGAGAAUCGAGGACAUCUACUCGAACGAGAAGAGUACGGCGGAAGCGACCGCUAGCGCCAACUAG